GAAAACCCCAGCAAACCUGUUGGGGCUCCUGUGCCGUAGCCUCCCCCCCAAAAAAGGACAAUUUUGCGCCCAAGUGGCCCAUACUACAAUUUUCUGCCCAUCAAGUCAUCACCAGAAAGGAGUGUUCUCUUAUUGAAGUAAAAUACUAUAGAUUUUCUGAAACUGAACAUUGGAAUGCAUGAGUUUAAGUGUUGCUGAUGCAUAGUCAAAAUGAGUGGAUUAGGAGAAAACUCCUUAGAUCCACUGACUGCUGAUUCCCGAAAACGUAAAUUGCCAUGUGAUACUCCAGUACAAGGUCUGACUGGCAGUGGGGAGAAGUGGCGACGGGAGCAGGAGAGUAAAUACCUCGAAGAGUUGGCUGAAUUGAUAUCUGCUAAUCUCAGUGACAUUGACAGUUUCAAUGUCAAACCAGAUAAAUGUGCAAUUUUAAAGGAAACUGUGAGACAAAUCCGACAGAUAAAGGAACAAGGAAAGGCAGCUUCCAUUGAUGAUGAUGUUCAGAAAGCUGAUGUAUCUUCUACAGGGCAGGGAGUUAUUGAUAAAGAUUCCUUAGGACCACUUUUACUGCAGGCCUUAGAUGGUUUUCUCUUUGUGGUGAAUCGUGAUGGGACCAUUGUAUUUGUGUCAGAAAAUGUCACACAGUACCUGCAGUAUAAGCAAGAAGACUUGGUUAAUACCAGUGUCUACAGUAUCUUGCAUGAAGAUGACAGAAAGGAUUUUCUCAAGAAUUUGCCCAAGUCAGCAGUAAAUGGAGAUCCAUGGACAAGUGAGACACCUAGACAAAAAAGUCACACAUUUAAUUGCCGUAUGUUGGUGAAAACAGUGCAUGAUAUUCUAGAUGAUGUGGGUGGCAGUCCUGAUAUGCGCCAGAGAUAUGAGACAAUGCAGUGUUUUGCCUUAUCUCAGCCACGAGCUAUGAUGGAGGAAGGAGAAGAUUUACAAUCUUGUAUGAUAUGUGUGGCACGCCGCAUCAGUACAGUGUUCCCUUCAAACCCUGAAAGCUUUAUUACUAAACAUGACCUUUCAGGCAAAGUUGUCACUAUAGAUACAAAUUCACUGAGGUCUUCCAUGAGACCUGGCUUUGAAGAUAUAAUCAGAAGGUGUAUCCAGAGAUUUUUUAGCCUUAAUGAUGGACAGACAUGGUCCCAAAAACGGCACUAUCAGGAAGCUUAUAUCCAAGGACAUGCUGAAACUCCUGUGUAUCGGUUCUCCUUAGCUGAUGGGACUAUAGUGACUGCCCAAACAAAGAGCAAACUUUUUCGGAAUCCAGUAACUAAUGAUCGCCAUGGCUUUCUUUCUACUCACUUCCUACAGAGAGAGCAGAAUGGAUAUAGACCAAAUCCCAACCCAGUGGGACAAAACAUACGAGCUCCCACAGUCGGAUGUGCCAGUUCUGUUGGAGGAAUGAAUAUGUCACCAAAUCAAAGCCUACCAGUACAGAAUAGGCCUUACUCCUUGGGAGAUCCCAAUGCAGUGGGACAGAUGAGUGGCAUUAGAUAUGGAGGCCCUAAUAACAUAAGCUCUGUAAAUCUUGGACCAGGAAUGCAAUCCUCUGCCUAUCAAAACAACAAUUAUGGGCUAAAUAUGAACAGCCCUCCACAUGGUAGCCCUGGCCUUGGCUCCGGUCAGCAGAACAUAAUGAUUUCUCCUCAUAACAGAGGUAGUCCAAAGAUGCCUUCACAUCAGUUUUCUCCUGUUCCAGGUAUGCAUUCUCCAAUGGGAUCUGCUGGCAACACUGGCAGCAACAGUUUCUCCAGUAGCUCUCUCAGUGCCCUUCAAGCCAUCAGUGAGGGUGUGGGGACUUCUCUUUUGUCUACGCUUUCUUCACCAGGCCCCAAGUUGGAUAAUUCUCCAAAUAUGAACAUAAAUCAACAAAGUAAAAUAGGCAGCCAGGAUUCUAAGAGUCCUGCUGGCUUAUAUUGUGAACAGAGUCAGGUGGAAAGUUCCAUAUGCCAAGCCAAUAGCAGGGACCACCCCAAUGAUAAAGACAGUAAAGAAACUGGUGUCGAAGGGCCAGAGAAUCAGAGGGGACCACCUGAAAGCAAAGGCCAUAAAAAACUACUUCAGUUACUAACAUGUUCUUCAGAUGACCGGGGACAUUCCACCCUGACAAAUUCUCCAUUAGAUCCAGGCUGUAAAGAUUCUGCUGCUGGUGUCACUAGCCCUUCUGGAGUCUCCUCUUCUACAUCUGGAGGAGUUUCUUCCACAUCAAACAUUCAUGGCUCCCUGCUGCAAGAGAAGCACAGAAUUUUGCACAAGUUGCUGCAGAAUGGGAAUUCUCCUGCUGAAGUAGCCAAGAUUACAGCUGAAGCUACUGGGAAAGACACGAGCAGUAUAGCUUCUAAUGAAGGAAUAGUUAAGCAGGAGCAGCUAAGUCCCAAGAAGAAGGAAAACAAUGCACUUCUUCGAUAUCUGCUUGAUAGGGAUGAUCCUAAUGAUUCACUUUCUAAAGACAUAAAACCUAAAGUGGAAGGUGUAGAUAAUAAAAUGGGGCAGUGCAGCACCUCUUCUAUACCUACUUCAAAUCAAGAAAAAGAGAUUAAAGUUAAGACUGAACAGAAUGAAGAGGUGACUGGAGACUUGGAUAAUUUAGAUGCUAUUCUUGGUGACCUGACAAGUUCUGACUUUUAUAACAAUGCCAUGUCCACAAAUGGUAAUAACCUGGCAAAUAAGCAACAGAUGUUUCAAGGAAAUACCCCUCUAGGUUUGAGAAGCCCACAAUCUCUGCCAUCUGCUCGUCCUCCUUUUAAUCGAGCUGUAUCCUUGGAUAGCCCUAUUCCUGUUGGUUCAAGCCCUCCAGUGAGAAAUAUUAAUGCAUUUCCCAUGUUACCAAAGCAACCUGUGGUAAGCGGGAAUACAAGAAUGAUGGAUACGCAGGAGAAUUUUGGCUCUAACAUGGGUGGACCGAAUAGAAAUAUGACUAUGAACCAUCAUCCCUCAGGAGAAUGGGGUUUGCCAAAUUCUAAAGUUAGCAGAAUGGAACAAAACACAGGUUCAUUGGUGAGGCCAGGAACUGACUAUAGUAAUUCUUUACCCAGACCUGCAAUGGGUGGUACUAUGCCUGGACUUCCUGUUAGGUCCAAUAGUAUACCUGGUACAAGGCCAAUGUUGCAGCAGCAGAUGAUUCAUAUGAGGCCUGGUGAGAUUCCUAUGGGCAUGGGAGUAAAUGCCUAUGGCCAGACAGGACCCUCUAAUCAACCUGGAUCUUGGCCUGAUAAUAUGUUAUCCAUGGAUCAGGGGUCUCGUGGGAUGCAAAAUAGAGCCCUUGUCAGGAAUUCCCUAGAUGAUCUCUUGUGUCCUCCUUCUAACAUAGAAAGUCAGAGUGAUGAAAGAGCUCUUUUGGAUCAGUUACAUACUCUGUUGAGUAACACAGAUGUCACAGGACUUGAAGAAAUUGAUAAAGCUUUGGGAAUCCCUGAUCUUGUAAAUCAAGGUCAAGCUUUGGAAGCUAAGCAGGAGUCUUUCCAAAGUCAAGAAUCUGCAGUAAUGAUUGACCAAAAGUCUGCUCUAUAUGGACAAUCCUAUCAAGCCCAAUCUGCAGUAAUACAAGGAGGUUUCAGUAAUCUUCAGGGACAACAGCAACCGUAUAAUUCAAUGAUGAAUCAAAUGAGCCAGCAGGGUAACUUUCCACUGCAGGGAAUGCAUCCCAGAGCUAACAUGAUGAGACCCCGAACAAAUACACCAAAACAGCUUAGAAUGCAACUCCAGCAGAGACUCCAGGGCCAGCAGUUUCUGAACCAGAGUCGUCAGGCCCUUGAAAUGAAAAUGGAAACCCCUCCUGCUAGUGGGGCUGCAGUGAUGAGGCCGGUAAUGCAAGCCCAAGUAAACUCUCAGCAGCAAGGUUUUCUCAAUGCCCAGAUGGUGGCCCAGCGAAGCAGAGAGCUGAUUAGUCACCACAUCAGACAGCACCGGAUGGCAAUGAUGAUGCAGCAGCAGCAGCAGCAGCAGCAGCAGCAGCAGACGCAGACCUUCAGCCCUCCUCCUAAUGUGACUGCUUCAGCUGGCAUGGAUGGUGCUUUGGCUGGGACCUCCAUGCCACAAGCUCCUCCACAACAGUUUUCAUACCCACCAAAUUAUGGAAUGAGCCAACAAUCAGAUCCUGCCUUCAGCAGAGUAGCUAGUCCUCCCAGUGCAAUGAUGUCAUCAAGAAUUGGUGCCUCCCAGAACCCCAUGAUGCAGCAUCCUCAGACUACACCAAUGUAUCAGUCCCCAGAAAUGAAGGGCUGGCCAUCAGGAACCUUGUCCAGGAACAGUUCAUUUCCACAGCAGCAGUUUCCCCCCCAGGGUAGCCCUGCUCCCUACAGUGUGAUGCACAUGAAUGGUAACAGUGGCCACAUUGGACAAAUGAACAUGAAUUCUAUGCCCAUGUCUGGGAUGCCCAUGGGUCCUGAUCAGAAAUAUUGCUGACACAUGAAGUCCAGAACCUCCCGCUGAAAAUCACUGUACAAAAGUCUCUGCACUAGUAUUUUCAGGAGGUAAAAUAAGGGGUUACACAUUGUUUGUUAGUGACAUCUCACGGAAAGGACCUACUUCCCCCAAAUCUUCAUUAAGGUAUUCCAAGUAACUUCAUUUGAACAGAUCUGGGUCAUGAGCUAAAAUAUUGUCUACCUGUUUUUCUGUAUAUUGUGGUAUAUUAAGCAAUGGACAUAAAUAUUUUUGGCGUUCUGCCUCUAGAGAUGUGAAUCUGGCAAUGGCAUUUUAGUAAAUAUGGUAGACUCCCUGUGUGUUAUUAUUUCUUUCUGCCUUGCUAUCCAAAGCCCUUUAAAUGUAGGCAGGCCAAAGAAAGUGGAGAAGUUGUGGGAUAGAAAAGUCUGGUUUCUCUAGUAGCAAUGUCUGACACAGAAUGUAGUUCCCAGCCUUGAGGCCUUUUUUCAUUGGUGAACAGUUCUCUCUUAACCUCUUAUCCACAGUUAAUCAGAAUGCUUGAGGUCAUGUCCUCAACUUGAUAAGGGUUUUGGACUCCCCACCACCAUUGAUGGUUAUGCCCUCUAAUUCUUUUAGGAUUACCACUAGCAUCUAAUAUUCCACAUUAUGACUGAUGACAAAUGGCUUUGCAGAAAGGAAAAUGGAAAUUACAGUAUUUAAUUGCAAUAGUGGCUAAUAUUUACAUGCUAAUGUGCAGCCGAAUGCACUUUAUCUAGAAAGUAAUGGAUUAAUGCAAUAUUUUUGAGGUCUUAUGGCGAGCUCUCAUGUUCUCCGUCCGAGCUAAUCCACCGGGCAGGAACUGUAAACUCACUCGAAAGGACUGGAUAAUGUCACACUUUGCCUAUAUGGUAGAGCAAUAAUCCUUUUUGAAAAUCAAUUUCAGAAAACCCAAGGCCGGGUACUGCAGUCUGAAUCAGAAAUUUGCGGUCUGUUUCUGUGAAUAGGUUUUUGUAAAUACAAUCAUUAAGAUAUUGUAUUAUGUGUACAUAUAUAUGACUUUUGUAGGUCACAAGAACUCAUUUUUGCAGAGUUUGUGAAGCUAAAUAUUUAACAGUGUUGAUUUCUGUAAGCUCAGCAUAGUGAGGUAAAAAAUAGAAGACAUUUUUAAUUUAAUGACCUGGGAGGGGUUGGGGUGGGGCAUGGUGGCAGCCUUUAGCUUCCCUUCUCCUUUGGUCUUGGACACCUCAUUCAUUUCCAUCUUUAAAAAAAAAAAUAGCUUUCUAAAAUGACGAUUUGUUUAGGGUUAGGCAGUUGUAAUUGUUUUCUCCACCUGAACUAAGCACUUUGUUAAUUUUUUUUUGGUGGGGGGAGGGUAUUACUUUAGUUUUUAAAAAUAUAGUGUGAUCCGACAAGAAAAAGAGCUCUCUGCCUUUUUCAGCUCUCCAUGAAUUGUAUGACAGCAAUUCAGGAUAUUUUUUUUUUUUAAACUUAAACACGUUGCCUUUUUAGUCAGGGAGUGGAUGAAUGACAUAGGUUUUGUCAUUGCUUUGAACUGAUGUAAACAGCAGCCUGUUCGUUACUAGGAGUUUGUGUUAAUUUUCAAUGUUGUCUUAGCCUUUUUUGUUAACACCACAGCUAGGAUUAUUAUUUUCUUUAUGCCCCUGUGAACAAAGCUGGCUUUUUUCUGGUCAGCUCUAACCCUUUAGUGAAUUACAACUUUGGUUUCUAAUGUCAACUCUUGAUUAUCCAUGUAUCAGAUAUGACAACUGCCCACUGGGUCUUGUUUUUGUCUAUAGAUACCAGCUCCAGUUGGUAGUCAGUGGAAGGGAAGGAAAGAUACAACUUAAAACCAUUUUAUGCAGGUCACUUGUUAUUUUAGUCCUAAAUUUCAAACUUGAGUUUUGGCAUUGUCAGUGGGUUUGUUAUAAUAUUUCUGACAUUCUUGUUUGCCAUAUUUACAUGGGAGUUGGCAAUAAGUUAGUUUUCACCAAAUUCCUGAAAGUAAGUCUCUAGUAGUGCAAACAUGCAUUUCCAAAGCUGUCAUUAAAAUGGGGAUGGGAACAAUUGGAAUGCUAAUAUGUGUCUAAAAUUCUUUUAGAAGCUCUGACUUAAAAUUAGUGACAACCACCACUCUCUCCUAACGCUAAUGUAUGUGGGUGUAAGAUGGAGAUUAUUUUAAUGGAUCUCUUUUCUUAUUCCCUCUCCCCCCCGCCAAAAACAUAACACCCCACUCUCCCACAAACUUGAUCCAUAUCUGAAGACAGUAGAUAUAUGAACUUUAGAGAACUGCACUUUCAAGACCAUCAACUUGCCUCAUUUAGAGAGCUAUAUUUAUAGUAGGGGAAAGGGAAGAAGUAUUUUUAUAGCACCUGCUUUGAGCUGGGCACUGUGCUAAGCGCUUUUUACAAAUAUUAUCUUGGAUAGGUGCCAUUAUUAUCCCAACUGUACAGAUGAG